UUUGAUUAAAUUCCCCUGAUAACAUCUCUCUUUCACUGAGAGAGCGAAAUAAUUCGAUGCUUUUUGAAGUCAUGCUUUGAUAUCUCUUUCACAAACUUUAUCGGUUUCAAUUCGCUCUACUCAGUUCUUCCUCUGUCUUUCGCUCACCUAUCUUAACUCGAUUACGAUCCUUUUUAUCUGUAAAAGCCCCGCCCACACAGAUUUUAAAUUUUUUUGAAAAAUAGAAAAGACUAGGGUUUAAAGGCCGAAAGAGCGGUGGGAGACUACUCAGUCUCCAUUGAUUCUGUAUUCAAUGGCUCCAGGGGUACGCCAACUUACCGUCCUCGGAAAGUUCAAACCUUUCGGUCUAAUCGCCGAAGCCACCGACGGUAAAUCACGGGAAUAUACUUUUGCCGAUUCCUAUCAGUAUGAACUCUUCGGUCCUGAGCUCACUGGCGAGCGAGACGAUGCUGAUGAUGGCAAUGAAUCCAACUUCACCCGGCAGAGAGAGCACGAGCUCUUCAUCCGAGACAACUGCAUAAUCUGGAGCAGCGGUUCACGCGUGCUCAAGCGCUUUACCUUGUCUUCUCCCGUCAUUAAGGCAUGCUGGAGCCACCUCGGUCGAGGGAGGGAAGCUUUUCUUUGUGUCUUUCAAAUUGGUUGCGUAACAAUAUACAACACAUCAGGUGAAGUUGUAUCUGUUCCACUCAUGCGUAUUGUCAAUUCAAUAUGGCCUCUACCAUUCGGUCUACUUCUUCAACAAGCUGCUGAAGUGACUCCAUCCUCACAUGUUCCAUUUUCUUCUGUUAGCCCCAUCCUUGGUUCUCGCGAGAUGCUGCGCCAAAGAAAAGAAGUUGGGAAUAGUUCCCCACAAAAAUUCCAUUCCCCAGUCGCGCAUAGAGAUAUGCCAUACAUUUCUUCCCAUCUGAUUCUAAGAGAUCCAUUAGAGGAACCUGGGCCAACCUAUGUAGAAGAGAGAGGGAAGUUGAACAUAAUGAAGGACUACGAUGAGAGAACAAUUUGGACAAGCGACCAUCUACCUCUUAUGACGUCAUAUAAUAAAGGCAAGAUGCAACAUUCUGUGUGGGCAGCCGAAUUUAUAGAGUCAAACUUUGAAGCUUCUGCUUCAUGUUCAAGCGGCGUCGUUCCUGAUACUGUUCUCCCGAAGCGGGUUUCUUUUCGCAGAAUAUGGCAAGCCAAAGGUGCGAAGAAAGCAGCAUCUAAGGUCUUUUUGGCGACUGAUAAUGCCGUCCCAGUAAUUUGCUUUCUGAUUCUAGAACAAAAGAAGCUAUUAUCGGUGGGACUCCAAACUGUUGAAACUAAUAACGAAGUUCUGUUUGACGUUAAGCCUGAUAUGAGCUGGAGUGCCCCUGCGAUUGCUGCUGCACCUGUUGUUGUGACACGUUCUCAAGUGAAAAUAGGACUGCUUCCACAUUUGGAUAUCAUUGUUUUAUCUCCAGAAAAUGACCUCUUUCUCUAUUCAGGAAAACAAUGUCUCUGUAAAUAUGUAUUGCCUUAUGGGUUGGGAGAAAGUAUUGGUUCUGGGGAUGGAGAGUCUGCAAAGACAGAUACAGAUUUCAGGGACCUGAAGAUCACAGGAUUGUCUGAUGCUGUGUUGGGAUGUAUCAAUCUAUCAGUUAACUAUUCACAGAUCUUUCGGUGUUCCUUAACUCGUGAACCUUCAUCGUCACUUGCAAAUGAUUGCAUAGCAGCCAUAGCUGAGGGAUUACGAUCCGAUCUGUACAAUUUGUUUCUCUCUCUUCUUUGGGGAGAUGGUCAUUCUGACCAGCAAGGGUCCAGUAUUCAUUAUGAAUGGGAAGCUUUAUGCAACAUAUUUCUGGGGAUCUGUCAAAAGCCUACUGCUAUGCAUCCGAAGCAACCCAAACCAUCAUCAGAGUCCUCCUGGGAGUUUCUUCUCAGCAGCAAAUUUCAUAAGACCUACUCUAGGUUUUACAGUGGUAUUACUUCGAUAAAUCCUUUGGAUCUGGAAGGAAUUGUCCCAGUACUGGAUAGCUGUCGGGAAUCUCCUCCAGCUGACUGGCCAGCAAUUGCUUAUGUGCUUCUUGGCCGAGAAGAUAUGGCCCAAUCCGUCUUCAGAAAUUUGAGUUCAUCCAAGGAAUUUGAGAUGCAGUCAAAUACGAAUUUGAUAUCGAUGUCCAUACCUUACAUGCUGCAUUUGCAUCCAGUAAUCGUUCCAUCCUCUUUAUCUGAGUCGAUUGGCGUGGAAAACACUAAAAUUGAGGAUACAAAUUCAGUGGACGGUUCUGUAAUAGAUGGAAUGGAGCAUAUCUUCAACUCCUACACACAGUUACGGUAUGGCCGAGAUCUACGGUUGAAUGAGUUUCGGCGUCUUUUGUGCUCUGCAACACCGGUGGUAGUUCAAACGUCUGCUAACCCUACUAUAUCAGAUCAGGAGCAGCAACAGGACCAGCUUUGGCGCAUAGCACAGAGGACUGCUGUGCUUCCCCUCGGGCGUGGAGCAUUCACAUUAUCAACAAUACACACUCUUUUAACUGAGGCGUUUACUGUACCAAAGCUUGUUUUAGCAGGUCGACUGCCUGCUCAACAAAAUGCCAUUAUUAAUCUAGAUCCAAACAUAAAGAAUAUCCAAGAACUUAAGACCUGGCCGGAGUUUCAUAACGCUGUUGCUGCUGGGUUGCGACUGGCUCCGCUUCAGGGAAAGGUCUCCCGAACGUGGAUUAGAUACAAUAAACCUGCAGAGCCAAAUGCUGUUCAUGCUGGACUUCUGUUUGGACUGGGAUUACAGGGAUAUUUGCAUGUGUUGAACCUUAGUGACAUAUACCAAUAUUUAACUCAGGACCAUGAAAGCACUACAGUAGGUUUGAUGCUUGGUCUGGCUGCUUCAUACAGGAGAACAAUGCAACCUGAUAUUGCAAAGGCUCUCUUUUUUCAUGUUCCGGCUCGAUUGCAAGCUUCAUAUGCUGAGUUUGAGAUACCAACCCUUCUACAGGCUGCAGCUUUAGUCUCCGUUGGUAUGCUGUUUGAAGGAUCAGCGCACCUGCGGACAAUGGAAUUACUUUUGGGUGAAAUUGGCCGCAGAAGUGCAGGGGACAAUGUCCUUGAAAGGGAGGGUUAUGCUGUAUCCGCAGGAUUCUCACUAGGUCUUGUUGCUCUGGGCCGUGGAAGUGAUGCGCUCGGUUCCAUGGACGCCAUUGUCAAUCGCUUACUCCAGUAUUUAGGAGCAAAAGAGGAAAGGUCUGUCCUUGCACCAUCACAUGAAGAUCACCGAAGUGCUGCACAGAUAACAGACGGAAACACUUCCAAUGUUGAUAUAACUGCUCCUGGAGCAAUAAUCGCUCUCACCUUAAUGUAUCUAAAGACAGAAUCAGAGGUCAUCUUCUCAAAGCUCUCUAUUCCACAAACACAUUACGAUUUGGAGUGUGUAAGGCCUGAUUUCAUAAUGCUCCGUGUCAUUGCUCGGAACUUGAUAAUGUGGAGCAGGAUCUGUCCUACUUGUGAGUGGAUUCAGUCUCAAGUUCCUGAAGUUGUCAAAAAUGGUAUCAGCCACCUCCAAGAUGACAGGGAUGAUAUGUAUGAGGUGGAUGUUGAAGCCCUUGUGCAGGCAUACGUUAAUAUAGUGGCCGGGGCCUGCAUUUCACUUGGGCUGAGGUUCGCUGGUACGAGAGAUGGAAAUGCUCGGGACUUACUUAAGAACUAUGCUCUCUAUCUUUUGAAUGAGAUCAAGCCUCUUUCUGCUACACCUGGAAAUGAUUUUCCAAAGGGAAUAUCCAAAUAUGUUGAUCGGGGAACGCUUGAAAUGUGUCUUUAUCUCAUCAUUAUUUCUCUCUCAGUGGUCAUGGCGGGAUCAGGAGACUUGCAAGUUUUUCGGUUGUUGAGAUUUCUCCGCAGCCGAAACUCUGCUGAUGGACAUGCAAACUAUGGCACGCAAAUGGCGGUGAGCUUAGCUACAGGUUUCUUGUUUCUUGGAGGUGGUAUGCGGACUUUUUCAACGAACAAUGGCUCACUUGCUAUGUUGCUUAUCACUCUCUAUCCACGGUUGCCUUCUGGACCAAAUGACAACCGUUGUCACCUCCAGGCAUUCAGGCAUUUAUAUGUCCUUGCAACAGAGGCUCGUUGGCUGCAGACUAUUGAUGUUGAUUCCGGUCUACCUGUUUAUGCGCCUCUAGAAGUCACAGUAAAGGAAACAAAACUUUAUUCAGAAACCAAGUUUUGUGAGAUUACCCCGUGAAUUUUGCCAGAGCGUCUAAAGAGAAUUUGUGUCUGUGGUCCCCGAUACUGGCCCCAACAAAUUGAGCUAGUCCCAGAAGAGAAAAAUUGGUGGAACUUUGGGGACAAGAGUGACCCCUUCAAUUCUGGUGUUAUUUAUGUCAAAAGGAAGGUAGGAGCUUGUUCGUAUGUUGAUGAUCCAGUUGGGUGUCAGUCGCUGCUAUCACGAGCAAUGCAUAAGGUUUUUGGUUUAAGAACUCUGGGGGAAUCUAAUAUGCUUGCUAAUAGUCAUAGAGAACUGGAUUCUGAUAGCGUCGAUCACUUGGUCAGCACUUUCUCAUCGGAUCCAAGCCUAAUAGCCUUUGCACAGCUGUGCUGUGACAAAUCUUGGAAUAACAAAUCUGAUUCUGAUUUCAAGGAGUUCUGCCUGCAAGUGUUGUUUGACUGUAUAAGUAAGGAUAGACCAGCUCUGUUGCAGGUUUAUUUAUCCUUGUAUACAACCAUUGGUUCAAUGGCUGAUCUGCUUGUCAAAAGCGAUAGUAACGUGUGUGAUUCACUUUCCAUCUCAAGUCUCAAGGUUGCUCUAGCCUACAACGAGGCGGUAUCAAGUGGAAGAUUGAGCUCUUCAGGUGGCUUUGUACAAUCGAUCUUCUUAGCAUCGCUGAGAAAGAGAUGUGAAGAGAUAUUGAAUUGGUCAACGGAGCUGAAGAUUAGUUUGAGGAACUAUCUGACGACAGAAGCAUGGCCUGAUGAUGAUGAGUAUAACUCAAAGUUGCAGAAAGAUAGAAUCAUUCUGUCAUGGUAUUUGAAAUGGUUCAGCGUACCAUCUCCAUCGAUCAUAAAAGCAGCAGUGGAGAAAAUCAAAUCCAAGUCCAAAAACUCAACUUCGGCGAUACCGUUGUUGCGGUUGUUGUUACCAAGCACGCGUAUCAGUGCGAUUAGUGAAAUCAAUAGGGUCUAUUUUUAUAACUCAAACGAAACAACUGUAGUAUUGUGAAUCAUUUUUUUUCUUUCAAGUAUAGUAUUAACUAUGUUUUCUCAAGUUUCACU